AUGCCUCUAUCUUCCGAAAAUGGUCUUCCAAGGAGACUCAGGACAGCCUAUACCAAUACACAAUUACUAGAAUUAGAAAAAGAAUUCCAUUUCAACAAAUAUCUGUGUCGGCCGAGGCGAAUUGAGAUCGCUGCAUCGUUAGAUCUAACCGAACGACAGGUAAAAGUAUGGUUCCAAAACAGAAGAAUGAAACACAAAAGGCAAACAUUAGGCAAAACAGGAGAAGAUGGCGAUGACAAGGAUUCGGUAACAAGCGACAGCGGCAAAAGCACAAAACUCUCUGACAAGUUCCUCGAAGAAGAAAUGUCAAAGAAGAGCUGCCAAGGUUGCGAAAUGCCAACGGUGGGUUUGUGCAAUUCUCACGAAGAAAUAACUGAAGUUGCUUCAAACAGAGGCAACAACAAUAACACCCCUAGUGCUACUAACAAUAAUACAAAUUUCAAUAACAAUAGCAAUGGUGCAAGUAGUAUCGGCAGUGCAGGUAGUUUUGACAAAUUAAUGAAUGAAGAAGAUUCAAGGUCGAACGAAGGAAGUGGAUCCCAAACUUCUCCGAGGAUUUCCAAGAAGACAACGGUAGCGAAUAAUGUUGUGGUUAAAAUAGAAGGCAGACGAAACUCUCCCAACUCAUGUGAUAGAAAAAUAGGAAUAAGAAAAGUUUCGCCAAGUCCUAGUCAUAGUAAAGACAUUGGUAUCGGAAUUAAUAGUAUUGAAAAUAUUUCUACGAAGUCCUCACCUAAGAGUACGCCGGGAACGCCGGUAAUACCUACAGGACCCCUAAGUUUGCCUAAUAGCAUGGUAUACCAACAAGCUCCACGGUCCUCUCCGACAACAGCAACGGCAAUAGCUUCAGCAACAGUAACAAUCCAAAAUAUUCCAAAUGCCAUUCCACCAUUUGCCUCUAGGGGUGUAACCUCGAAUCACUUCCCAAAUCAGUACAACAUGAACAAUAGUCAAUCUGACUACCACCGCUCUGACAAUAGAUCAAAACAUUACCAGAUGUCUCAAAUUUACUCAGCAGAUAUGUACAAUCCAGAGCAUCCAAUCAUAAACGACACCCACGCCUACCAAAGGACGCAAAACCAUUCCGCUAAUUUGGGACAUGUUAAAAUCAACAAUAGAAGACAAGCUUAUGCUGGAUAUUCAAACCAACAACAAUAUUAUUACAAUAACCAAGGUGCUGUUGAAAAGUAUACGAUGGGGCAAAAUAACUAUAACCAAGGUUACGGAGAGCAUUCUGGGUAUAAUCACUAUGGAUACGGUUAUAGUAAUGAUGGUAGCGAGGUCAAUCACAUGCAUAAUUCGGUUCAAGUAAACCAUGAACAUACAGGAAAUUAUUAUCCUUCAGACGCAGUUAUUCCUGUUAAUAAACAUCAAACUCCUGCGGAAUAUCCAUCAAAAGUUGGCUAUUAUGAAAACAAUUAUCCUUCUAAUCACUUACCACAAGGUGCAGCUACAGGUGUUGAUCCGGGUUACAACAUGUCACCAGAAGUUUUCCCAGCAACAAACAACACUACAGCUGGAAUAAUGACACCACCGGCUAGUGUUCCUACGGAAAAUAACGAAAACUAUAACAAUUUUCAUCAGUUUUACUCAGGCGAGAAUCAAAGCCAAGGUGCGAUUCCGGGAGAGAGUAGUAACAGUUCGUCUGAUUUUAAUUUUUUAAGUAACUUAGCGAACGAUUAUACUCCAGAAUAUUAUCAAAUCUGA